GAGAGAGAUGGAUAGGCAUGAAACGACUCAGCAAAGACAAACCAUCUUCGAAGGCGUGUUCGAAACGCGUCCUUCAACAGACUUCGACCCGCGCGCGUAAACAGACGCGUGUGCAGCUCUUGUUCGACACGAGCCGCGCUAGCAGGGUGAAGUUUUCCGCGCUCCGACCAAAAGGUAGAACCCGCAGUCCGCGACGAAUUCCUUCAUCCCUCUGUGGUUCGGCGCAAAGCCCGCGUUCUGUAAAUUCACGCCCCGCACCGGAAAGGUGACGAACGAGCGGGUGGCCAAACACAAACACGCACGUGGCAAACACGAGCAGCACGACAGCACCGAUCACACACGGAAGGAAAUGUGCAACGCAGAAACCUUUCCGUCGCCGUAGUUGCAGCUGUCUCUCGUACUGCUGUGGUGUGGUGUGCCGUCUUGUAUCGAUGAGAUCGCCCCACGUGUUUGAGGUUAGGUGUCGGAACUGUUCCGACUGUGUGUGCGAAUUGCAGCUGUGAAAAAGUGAGACGAACUGCUCGUGUCGCUGCCGUCGGUCGUGCGCCGUGCCGAAAGACGUGCAACAAAAGGCUUCUUCGCCUUGUAAAGACGCUGCCAGAAGCUGCCGUCCCCCACCCGCCCGGCCCCCUGCGUGUGUGUGUUUGCGUGUGUAAGUUACAUAAAGAAAGGGAGUGAAAAACGAAAGACACACACCGUGCUGCUACCUUCCCCGUCCGCGCGCCUCAAGCACCAUGGCAGCAGCAGCGAGUAAAAAAAGCAAACGGCCCUCGUCCGCCACACUCACCGUUGCCCUGCAAACGAAUUACGAUCUGCGCCGUUCCGCGGCCGGCACCAAAUGGGAUGAAACCCUAGAGUACCUACAGUAUCUGCACGAGACGCAACCCAUCGUGCCCAAGUGUCCACCGACCAAGGAUGAGCUUAUCGCUUCCGGCGCACUGCCGGCCGAUGCGGGACAGAACGCGCCUGCCGCCGUCGAUCCGGAAGCGCUGUUUGAGGAGCUGUUCGCGGUUGACAUUGAUUAUCUCAAGAGUUUGGAUCCCAAGGAUUGGAAGAACCAAGAUCAUUAUCAUGUGCUUGGCCUGAACAAGAUGAGAUUCACAGCGACGGACGAGGACAUUAAGCGUGCGUACCGUAAGAUUGUGCUGAAGCACCAUCCGGACAAGCGAAAAGCGCUGGGCGAAAACGUCAAGCAGGACGAUGACUACUUCCACUGCAUCACGAUGGCGUACGAAACGCUCGGCACGGUGAAGAACCGUCGCGCCUUCGAUUCGAUCGAUCCCGAGUUUGACGAUUCGCUUCCGUCCCAGGCCGAGGUGGAGAAGGACUUCUUCGGCUCGCUGGCCGACGUGUUCAAGCGGAACGCGCGCUGGAACGAGUCGCGCAAGGCGGCCCCGCUGCUGGGAGACGACAACACGCCGCGCGAGGCGGUAGAACACUUUUACGACUUCUGGUACAACUUCCAGAGCUGGCGCGAGUUCAGCUACCUCGACGAGGAGGACAAAGAGAAGGGCCAGGAUCGGGAGGAGCGCCGCUGGAUCGAGAAACAGAACAAAGCCAUCCGGCUGAAGCGCAAAAAGGAAGAGUCGGCCCGCAUCCGGGCGCUGGUCGAUCUGGCGUACAACAACGAUCCGCGCGUGGUGCGCUUCAAGCGCGAGGAGAAGGAGCGCAAGCUGGCGGCCAAGCGCGCCAAGCAGACCGCCUACCAGGUGCAGAAGGCGGAGGAGGAGCGGGUGGCGAAGGAAGCGGCCGAGGCGAAGCAGCGUGCCGAGGAGGCGGAACAGAAGCGCAUCGAGCAGAUACAGAUCGAGCGCGAGCGCACGAAGCGCAUACUGAAGAAGGAGCGCAAGCUGCUGCGGGACACGGCCAAGGGCAAGGACUACUUCGCGUCGAACGACAAGGAGCGCCUGAAGCAUCUGGAGGGCAUGGAGAAGCUGAUCGAGUCUUUCAAGCUCCUGGAGCUGCAAGAUUUUAACAAGGAGCUGGCGGCGGGCGGCCGGCCAGUGUUCGUGAAGGCGCUCGGCGAGCUGGAGGCAAAGCUGGAGCAGGAGCGCAUGGCCGCCCAGCAGUCGGCACAGAUACCGAACAAUGCCGGGCUGAAGGUGGUCAACCGGAAGGCGAUGUGGACGCACGACAACGUGCAGCUGCUGAUCAAGGCGGUGAACCUGUUCCCGGCCGGCACGAUUUCCCGCUGGGAGGUGAUAGCGAACUACCUGAACCAGCACGGCACGGAGCUGGGCGACAUGAAGUUCUACGCCAAGGACGCGCUGAACAAGGCGAAGGAACUGCAGGCGGGCGAUUUCUCCAAGAGUGACCUUAAGACGGUGGUUAACCAGCAGGCGUACGAGUCGUUCGAGCGCAGCAAAAAGGAUCUCAAGAUAAUCGACAACUCCGAGAUCAGCACGAAGGAGGCGGCCGAACUGGCCAGCAAGGAGAAGGGACAGAGCGACAGCAAGCCGAAAUCGGCCGCCGCGGAGAAGAAGGCCUCACCGAUGGUAAAUGGUGGUUCGAAGGGACACGGCAACGGCACUACGGUGCAGGAGAAUGGAGCACCAGAGGGCAAAGAAAAUCGCAACAAGCAACCGAAACAGGCCGCCAGCAAAGAGGACAAACCACAUGCGAUGAUGAAUGGAACGGCGACGGUGGAAGAGAGUGGCAAUAUAACCGGUGCGGCGGCGGCUCCGACAGUGCAGCAGACCGAUGGCAAGGCAGCGAAACCGGCCAGCAGUGCCGGAACGGCGCCAGCCAAGAAGGAGAAGGAAGCGAACAAGGUUUGGAGCAAGGAGGAACAGGCACUGCUCGAGCAAGCCAUCAAGACGUAUCCCGUGUCGUGCGGACCGGAUCGCUGGGAUCGGAUAGCGGAGUGUAUACCGAACAGGACGAAAAAGGAUUGCAUGCGGCGGGUGAAGGAACUCGUUGAUCUGGUCAAUGCGAAGCGCGAGGCUCAGCAGAGCGUGAAGUAGGAGGGUAGGAGAAUGGUAGGAGAAAAGGAGAGGGAGAGCAAGAGAGAAAGAGAGAGAGGGCAGGCCGGUUCGGACAGGGAUUGUAUAACAUCUUACGCCGGCGGCAGCGAACACCAUGGCGUAGUGCAACGAGGACGCGGACAAGUUGUGUACAUAAUGCUAGUAUCUGGUUCUACUACCAUCGUAAAAAACUAACAAACACACACAUACACACCCAAGCACACCAUACACAUCCAUACUAGAGCACACAUACGCACACAAGACAUUCAGACAGAACUUACAACAAACACACAUCCAUUUUCUAUUAGAAACACUGUGACCAACAGAGAACAGAAUAUGCCUCAAGAAAUUUGCAGACAAUGAUUAAACAAACCGAAGAAGAAAAGAAACCCAACCCCGAACUUCUUUCCCUGUAUGUUCUCGUGUGUUAGUGACGUUGCGUUCGAAUGCGUUGACUCUCGGAAAGGCAAAGUAUUGUGUUUUGUUUUAGAAUUCAGUUUUCAUCCUUAAUCCCACGUCAACUUCUUCCCCCCUCCUUCACGUCAGAUCAUCUAUUCGUCGCUGUACGAGGUGUUGGUGGACUUUACGCGUGAUUACGACACGAUCCGGCAAGCGCUGCACAAGAUCGAGCACUACGACAAGACGAGCCUCGAGAACGUGCUGGUGGCGGUGAACAACGCGUUCAAGACGCACUGGGGCAGCCAGAACUACUGCCAGAUCAUCUUCAUCACCGACUGUGGCGUCGGCAUGGGCCCGAGCUCGCUGAAGAACACGAUCAUCAACAUCCAGACGUACAAGGCGGCCUGUGUUGCGGCGGCAGCGGCCGCCACGGCUGCUGCUGCUGCGGCUGACGGGUCAUCCAAGGUGGCCACGAUCGGCAGUGCCGGCAGCGGUGCCGUCGUUCCACAGCCCUCCGAGAACCAGUGGGUUGGAUUUUCCUAUCCCAGCAAGCUGUCGUUCAUGUGUCUCGGUAGCCUGGCAACGGAUUCAGCGUUUCGCUGCGGCACAAAGCUGUACCAGCAGCUGCUGGACGUGAGCGGCCAGAAGGGGCAACUGUUUAUCCCACGCAUGAAGAUGAAGCACGAGAGUAGUGAGUCGGCAGGCGAUGAACCGUCGCCGAAUGUCGGAGAUGAUGGUGAGGAUGGGUUGCGCCAGUUGACACGGGCCUCCUCGCUGGAAGCGUUCGAAACCAUGUGCGACACCAACUACCGGCAGUUUGAGGCAACGCUCCGCUGUGGCGGAUACUUUCGGCUGGAAGACCCCAUCACCGUCUGGCCGGCUCCGUUGCCCUACACUGCGCGCGACCUGCUCGGAGCGGAGACGACGAAGCUAAUGUCCCGGCGCUUGGAGGUGUGUGGAUUUCUGCGCAUGGCGGACAUUGGAUCACCGAUGUCCGUUAGCAGACAUCUGGUACUGCCGCGCAGCAUUACGACUAGUAGCUCGGGCGGUGGCUCUUCCGAGCAGACUUCCGAGGGUGGAAAGGGACCAUCCACGAACGGUGGAUUAAAGAAUGGACAUGGCCACUCGUCAGCCGAGGAACGGCUCGAAGCUGACAUAAAAGCGUUCUACGCCAAAUCGGACGCCGGUGAGCAUCACGCGCACGACGACCACCACGGACUGGAUGGGGCGGACGUGAACAAGGAGUCGGUCUGCGUUCUACUGCACGGUGCGCUCAAGGUGGAAAACAUGGCCGCCCUGGUGCUGCUGGGGGACAGCUGGUACGGCUUCAUCUACUCGUACGCCGAUGGGAAGAAAAAGUGGAACCUCAUGCUGAACGUGCUUCCGCCCGGCAACGACGUAGUGCCGUGGUUGGGCGAUCUACGCUACCUCGGCACGCUGGAGGACGCAUUCCCGGGCGAAAAUCCUUCCUUCCCGAUCAAGGCGGACAAGCGCAGCUACUCGCAAACCAUCGUCGUGUGGAUACGCCAGGCAAGCCUGCAGUCGGACAUCCAGAAGGUGCUGCGGCACGCGAAGAAGCUGCCGGAAAAGACGCAACACUUCUACAAGGAGCUGAACCGGAUUCGGCGCGCCGCCCUGUCGCUCGGGUUCGUCGAGCUGCUCGAGGGGCUGGCCAACAUUUUCGAGCGCGAAAUUAGCACGCUGCCGCUGAGCGCUUCGCCCGACUGCUCGAUGCAGCUGACGCACGCCGCGAUGGAGCUGCGCAAGACGAACAAUCGCGACCUGAAGUCCAUCAUACACGCGCUCCCGACGCAGUACAACCAGCUAGGUUAGCGAGAGAGAGAGAGAGAGAGAGGUUGUUGUGGAGCGAUUUGAGAAAUAAAUAAGUUAUUUUAGUAAAAAAA